CAGAUCUCAAGAUUCAAGCAGUUUCGAGUAUUCGGACGCGGGAACUGCCGGCUGAAACAAGGAUGAGUGAGAAAGCAGUCAAGAGUGACUGACGAUCGCAUUGCCAUUCACGUCUUUCGCAAUUGAUACGGUUCAAUCAAUACGUUUUAUAAUGAUGAAUGCAGAAGUAGUCACGAUGAAGCAUCUACAGUUCCGUUUAAAGAUCGAUUUGUCCAAGUUUUUCCACGAUGCGCGUCAAUUUUGCUGGAUUUUUGUCGAUGGAACGAAGAUCCAGCAAAUUAUUCACAUCCAGCAUCACAUUAGUAAACUUUUCAGCAUCACAGAACCGUUUCAUUUAUUGUUAAAUGAUACCGAAUACUUGCCGCCAACAGAGGAUGUGCGUAUUCUUAGGGAGAAUGAGACGAUACAAGUAAUUCCUGGAUCAGGUAUAAAAAUUGAAGUUGAUAAAGCAGAAACAACAUGCAAUGGUUCUAUGCAUGAUAAAAAGAUGCAUACAAAAACAGGAAUAGAUGUAUCUGAUAUGUUAGAUGUAUCCAAUAAUGUUUCGAGCGACAUGCAACCAACUUCCAUAAAUAAUGUUACAGAAAAUAUGACAUUCUAUAGUGUAAUUGAUGAUACAAUGAUUGAUGAUACAGAAGAAGAAACAGACUCUAAAGUUACGGAUAACAAUUUAACAGAGGACUGUAAUAUGACAGACUCGAUUGUAUCUAUUGCAAAGAGAAAGCGAGUACGAAGACGAAGACCAAAAAACCAAAUUAAAACUUCAUUUAUAUUAUCUUCUGAUAUGAAUGAAGAAAACAAACAAAAAAAACCAAAAAUUAUAGAUUCUUAUAUUAUUCCAUCUGGAAAGCAUAUACGGUUUGAUAAUAUAGAAAAGGAUGAGAAUACAGAAAAGGAAGACACUACAGAAAAGAAAGAGAAUAUAGAAAAGAAAGAGACUACAGAAAUGGAAGAACACAAUAUUGCGAAACAAAUAGUACAAGAAAUAUCCAGAAAUGAAUCUUACAUAAGCAAAACUUCAUCCUCUAGAGAUUUGUCUACACUUUUAGCAUUAGGACAAAGUUCAACGCCAAUUACAUUUAUAAACAAGAAAGCGAAAACCGAAGUUAAGAUGGAAAAUAAAUCAAAUGAUGGGUCCAUGAUAGAUAGAUGCUCAAAUUUGAGUCAAUUUCUUAUGAAGAAUAUUAAAAGUAAGAUACAAAAUUAUGAAAACUUAAUACAUAGCGAUCUAGAAGUAAUGCCAAUUAUGACUAGAAAACCACAAGUUAAAGACAUCAUUGCUUUCAAGACUUUGAAGAUUGGUACUGAUUACACACCUCAAGUAUCUAAUUUUAUUAUAACUGAGGUAAUAGGUUCUUGUGCAAACUUUACAAGAUAUCAUUUAAAAAUAAUCAAAGGCAAAGAGGAAAUUAAAGCGCCAUGUGGGAAAUUCUCUCUUUCGGAAGAUGUAUCUGCUGGUGAUGAUAUGGAUACGUUUUUUCUUAGUUAUUCGCAGAUGCAAGAACCUCGUUUACUUUCUUCUAAAUCUUCUAUUUUAUAAAUACUUGUUCCUAUAGUUUAAUUUCGUUUUACUUAAAAUGCAACUAGUGUAGUGCAUUUAUGUUUAGUCUGUUUAAUUAACAUAUAAUUUUUUUCUGUUUUUAUUAAGUAUUGAACUUGAUUGCUACUAUGUUGCAAUUUAAUAUUUUUAG